CUCAUUUUUAUCUUCUUUUUUUGUUUUUUUUUCGGUGUUUAUCAUCAAUCACGUAAUUCAAUUAUUCAUUCUUAUCCAAUUCCCCAAUCAACUGAAUUUUCCCCCUUUUUCUUUUAUAUAUAUAUAUAUAGUAUAAUAAUCUCAUAAAUUCCAAUUCAAAUUCACAUUUCUUCUUCCCUUUCUUGCUUAUCCGAAAUUCCCAAACGACCCUCCUUGAUUCGCUCUCUCUCUCUCUCUGUGAGUUAGUUUGUGGUGAGUGUGUGAGGAGGAGGCAGGAGCAUGGGGUCUAUGGAGCAGACGAUUCUGGUGACCGGCGGGGCGGGGUUUAUUGGGAGCCACACGGUGGUUCAGCUUCUCGAAGCAGGGUUUAGGGUUUCCAUCCUUGAUAAUCUUGACAAUUCCGUCAUUGAAGCUGUUGAUCGCGUUCGGGACUUGGUCGGCCCUAAGCUCUCUCAGAAGCUCCAGUUUCAUUUGGGUGAUCUCAGACAUAAGGACGAUUUGGAGAGGCUGUUUUCUCAAACAAAAUUUGAUGCUGUGAUCCACUUUGCUGGCCUGAAAGCUGUAGGAGAGAGUGUUGCUCACCCACGCCGUUAUUAUGAUAAUAAUUUGGUUGGCACUAUUAAUCUCUAUGAGGUCAUGACAAAAUACAACUGUAAAAAGAUGGUUUUCUCAUCAUCUGCAACUGUGUACGGGCAACCUUCAAAAAUUCCUUGUGUUGAGGAUUUUGACCUUGUAGCUUUGAAUCCAUAUGGCCGUACAAAGCUUUUCCUUGAAGAAAUUGCUCGAGAUAUACAUAUAGCAGACCCAGAUUGGCAAAUUAUUCUACUGAGGUACUUCAACCCUGUCGGGGCUCAUGAGAGUGGGCAAAUUGGUGAAGAUCCCAAAGGCAUCCCAAACAACCUCAUGCCUUACAUACAGCAAGUAGCUGUUGGAAGAUUGCCUGAGCUUAAUGUUUAUGGUCAUGAUUAUCCCACCAAGGAUGGUACUGCGAUCAGAGACUACAUUCAUGUUAUGGACUUGGCGGACGGUCAUAUUGCUGCUCUUCAGAAGCUUUUUACUACAGAGAAUCUAGGAUGUGUUGCCUACAACCUGGGAACUGGACAAGGUACGUCAGUGCUUCAAAUGGUUGCUGGCUUCGAGAAGGCUUCUGGCAAGAAAAUCCCCAUCAAACUAUGCCCAAGGAGGCCGGGAGAUGCUACUGCUGUUUAUGCUUCAACAGAGAAAGCUGAAAGGGAACUCGGGUGGAAGGCAAAAUACGGAAUAGAAGAGAUGUGCAGGGACCAAUGGAAGUGGGCGAUAAACAAUCCACGAGGUUACCAGUCCAAGUAUUGAAUGGAAUUGUAUAUAAUGCGCACGGAAGUUUGUCUAAGUGACUUACCUCCCACUGCCUUGAGAAAUAAAACUGUAUUAUUUGAUGUCCUGCUAGAUAUGUUCAUCUAGUAAAGUGUUUUUCCUUUAUUUAUCUUUUCCAUUUAAAAGAAAUGUAAUUGGGCCACAUCAUGGGAAUAAAUUCCUUUUCUGGCAAGUAUAUAUAAAUAUCGAAAAAA